AUGAUUCUGGAUGCUAGCGAUUUCUUCUCCUUUGAUCUGACUCCUUAUAUGCCGUUCAUUGAAAACGAGAUCAUGUGGUUUGAUGUGUUCUACACCCAACAACAGCAGUCUAGAGAUGCAUAUGGUUUGUCUGGCACGUACGGAAACGAGACACUUGUACUUUAUCCGGCAACCGCAUGCGAGACAUACAAGGGGGCAUACAACCCAGCAUCCACCGUAAGCGGCCUGCGAGCGGUGGUCAGUCGAAUACUGCAGGUCAAUCCCAGCUAUACUAUCGGUAAUACCAGCUAUUACGAGGGCCUCCUAAAACGAAUACCAAAGACGCCCCUGCGGUAUCAACAGGGCCGCCAAACCAUCGCCCCAGCUGAAACUUGGGCCCGAAUUCAGAAUACUGAGAUUCCCCAGCUAUACCCCGUCUUCCCUUGGCAUGAGUACGGAGUCGGCUUGCCAAAUCUCAGCUAUGCCAUGAAUACAUACCUCUAUGACAGCGACACUCAGGCCUUCCACGGCUACCAGGGGUGGAAACAGGACGCGAUAUGGAUGGCUGACAUGGGUUUAACGGACAUGGCUCGGAACAUAACGACCCUGAAGCUGCAGGAUAGUAAUGCACACCGCUUUCCGACCUUCUGGGGUCCUGGGUUUGACUGGACGCCCGAGAUGGACAUGGGAGGAACGGGCAUGAUUGCACUCCAAGAGAUGUUGAUGCAGACAUACGGCAAUGCCAGCCGAACAAUCCGUUUGCUGCCAGCGUGGCCUAUAGAGUGGACUGCGGACUUCAAGCUGCGCGCACCCUUCAACACGACCGUUGAGGGCAGAGUCGAGCGUGGCAAGCUAGUCAGACUUGCCGUCGAACCUCUUGAGAGGAGAGGCGACGUUGUGAUAGGGGCUUAA